AAAGGUUGGAAGUGAAACUGAUUAAGCAGACGUCAGUGUUUCCAAUAAUAACAGGUUAAAUCAUGCUUUACUGACCUGCACAAGACGCCGGCAAGAUGGUUACCUUGAGUGUUCUUACCCUGAACUGCUGGGGGAUUCCCACACCACUCGCUUGUAAAUUCCGAAAAGAGCGAAUUGAAGAAAUAGGAUGUGAACUUGGCAAAGGGGAUUAUGACAUUGUGAUGUUGCAAGAGGUGUGGUUGAAGUCCGACUACCAGGUGCUCUGCAGUAAGAUGCUUAAAACCAUGCCCUAUUCGCAUUACUUCUACAGUGGCAUGAUGGGAAGUGGAGUAUGUGUGUUUUCUAAAGGACCAAUCAGAGAGACUUUUCUACACCGUUUUCACCUGAAUGGCUAUGCACACAAGAUCCACCAUGGUGACUGGUUUGGAGGGAAGGGUGUGGGCUUGUGUAAAAUCCAGUACCAGGGACUCAAUAUUAAUGUCUACUCUACACAUAUCCAUGCUGAGUAUGACCGUGAUCGCGAUGAGUAUCUUGCUCACCGUGUGGCACAGGCGUUUGAGAUCAGUCAGUUCAUCAAGCACACCUCAGAGAGUGGAGAUCUGGUGAUACUUGGUGGGGACCUCAAUCUGGAGCCUGUGGACCUGGGAUAUAAGCUCAUUAAGUCAAAUGCCAAGCUCCAUGAUGCCUGGCUAGAGAGGAAAUUGUUCUCGCCCGACGAGUGCAAUCCUAAUGGGAACACAAAUGAGAUUCCCAGCAACUCAUUCUCAAGUCCUGCCUCUCUGCUGAAAUAUCCUGAGGGGAAGAGGAUUGAUUACAUUCUGUACCGCACUGGUCCAGGUUAUCAAGCGAACUGUGAGGAAUGCCGGGUGACCCUGGGGAAGAUCCUGGAAAAACCAUACAAUUAUUCUGACCAUGAAGCUGUCAAUGCUGUCCUCUGUGUAACACCAAAUCCUCCUGAAACAGAAGUGCAAAAGAAGGAGGGUUUAGGUGUGCUGGACCUCCUCCUGAACGAUGCCCUGGCAGUGGUGGACAAAGGACUGAAGAAAUCUCACGCCCUCCGAGGGUUUUUCACAGCUACUUUCCUCAUUUGCCUCUUCGUGCUGUAUCUGGCCAGCGAGGUUAACCUGCCCUUCGGUCUCAAUAUACUAGCCAUGACUUGCCGCCUCAUUUUGGUUUUGACAUGCGCAUACGCGGUUUGGACACGCAUGGUCUUGUCACGCGUGGAAGAAAACGGGCUGCUGGAGACAAAGGCAGAUUUACUCAACCUCCUGCAAACAAGCGAAUAUCUUAAACGACAGAACUGAGCUGUAAGCGCUUACAGGUCUAUAUCAGCAUAAAAAUAUCCAAUAUUUGUAAGGCUUCACUGUAAUUUGGCACACUUACACAUUUAUAUGUAUUAUAGCUUUUAUCCUGUUAUUGUACAAUCUGUUAAUGGUCCCUUAGUACUGCUGGUUCAGCUGGCCUUUUAUAUCCAGAGGUUUGUUUUCUUAUUAAUACAUAAGCUAGAAGUCACUCCAUGGGCACAAAUCUCCUCAAGACCUAAAUGAAGAUACCCACGAACAAGGUUCAGCAAAGGGACAUUACUCUGGUAGGCACUAUUUCCAGGUAAAAGAAACUUGCAUUUUAUCCUGUCUAUUAAUCCCAAAGAAUCAUUUAGAAAAAUGUCAAAAUUUGGAUCACGAAUAAAAUGUCAUGCAUUGGCCCAUAGCACUAACCUGCGGACAGAAUUACAUUCACAUCCCUGAAUAACUUUUUCUGCAAAGUUGCUGAAAAGCAGAAACACAGGCACAGACAUACAUCCGUAGCAAAGACAAUAAGUCUACAUGUUAUCCUCUAUUCACGUUCACAAUCAUUAUUUAACUCCAGUCUGUUCACUGGACUGAUGCAUCUGUGAGCUUACUUGGACUUUAAUGUAUGGGCGUACAUAGAAGAGUCUGUUUUCCAAAUGUCUGUUACAUAUUUACUUGUUUCCUUGGAUCAGAAUGGGCAUAGAAGCCUUGUAGUUUCUAUGUGCUAUUAUGUGACUGUAAAAGGAUAAAAUAAUUUAUACCUUGGUUAAUUUUUGAGAGAAAUAUUCUCUGCAGGAGUUAACUGAUGAUUUUUCAGAAGAGUUUAUCCUAUAGUGAAUUGUCCCAAAGAUUGCUUAGCUGGUAUCCACAAUGUACUGUGUAUAUAUAUAUAUGUGUCAGAAGUUAUAUAAUCGGUUUGCCUUUAGUUAUUUUUAGAUUUAUUUUUACGUUUAUUGUUACAUCCAGCUAAUGUUCAUGUUUUUCAUCUUACCGAUUGAUUUCAUCAGGUUGGUACAUACAUGUAGGUGAGUCUCACCAUUGGGCUAUUUGCCCUUGCAGCACUCAAAUUCUAAAGAGAUCCUUUUGUGAGGAGAAAGUGCCAUUUAUAACAGCUCUGUUCCAGUAACAGCUGUUAAACAGCAGGCACAGUAAGACUGCUGAACACAAGGGAAGCAAUCACCUUUGACAGGAUUGCAUAGAGAGGCAUUUAUAUGAGAGGAUGGAUCAUUUCUGUUCAUAUUGGUUUUAUUUUAUUGUUUAAAGUUAUUUUCUGUAAAUAUUGUAUUGAACACAGCUGAAAGAUAAUAUAAUGUAUUAUGUAUGUGUAAGAUCCAGAAAUGCAAUGCAGGGAUCUUAUCGUGUUAAUGUGCUUAUUAGGUGUCCAUUGUAGUAUCCUAGCGGAUACUUGAAAUCGUUCGUAUUAUUAUUAUUAUUAUUAUUAUUCAACUCGUAAAAUUGCAAUAUCUCGGAAACUGGUAAAGUUAGAAAAACCUAACUUUGGAGUCUUAAUGAGGAACUUAUGAAGCAACUUCUGACGUUUUCUGCUGUUUUACCAGUCACAUGAUUUAGCGGCCAUUUUGAAUUUUAUUGAUAAGCUAAAAAAAUCUUCUUCAAACGGACUAAACCUAACAAGAUAAACUUUUCGUUUACAGUGUUUAGGUGAAUCUCUCUACCCAUAUUGUAAAAAACUUUAGUUUGGUAUGCAAAUAAGGCCAAAACUGCCCAAUGAAUGUGGCUCAAAGUAGGUCAGUUUUUUAAACUGCUUAAAAUCAUUAAACACACUGUCUGGUGCCCAUUGAUGUCACAAUUACAAAUCUUCAAGAAUUGUUUUUGUACUUUUGCUGUUUUCAUGUUAUGACCAAAAAAACAAAAAAAAUUUGACAAAAUCAUUCUAUGUAAAUAACCCGGGAGCUUCGGGCUAGACUGCAUGAAACCAUUGACUGCAGUUUACCUUGAGAACAGUCAUCAGCUCUGGUACAGUGUAUUCUUUCUAUCUUUUGCUCUUGGGCACCAACUUCACAACAAUGUAUUCUUUCUGUCCUUUGUCCUCAGGUAUCAGCAAUAUCAAAGCUGCCUAAUCUCUAUUCUAAUCUUCAGUGCUUUGCCAGUUUUAAAUGAUUCUUGACAGUGUAGGGUUCAAAUCCAGUACAUUCCUUUACAUUUUUUUCAUGUUUUGUAUGAUUAUCAUGAACUUCAUAGACAUCAGGCUACCAUAAGUGGUAAAAGUCCAGUCACAUGGACCAUGGCAACGCUGUUGGAGAACGGCUUUAAUUUUCUUUUGUUUUUGUUGCCAGGGGGUAAAGGUUAUAAAAUAGACAUUUCACAUGUCAUAGGCUGUUAGUUUCUGUCACAAUUCUGGACAUGCCUUUUGUCUUAAUUAACAUUGAGCAUAGUGUAUAUGUGUACUUUACAAAUUUUGAUGUAUAUACCAUAUUUGUAGUUGGUUAAAUUCAUAGAAAAGCUUUAUAUUGUUGCACAGGGUUUAUCUGGUGGGGAAGAAAAAUUUUAAAGCGCAAAAGGAAAAGAAAAUUUUUUAAAAAGUUUUAUUCUAAAUAGAGUUUACAUAGUAGCAUUUACUGUCUUACAGCAUUCUGUGGACUUGGACUCAGUUUAUGAAGAUUGGCAGUACUUUUGGUGCCGUGUACAUGUUUAUUCUUUAAAAAAAAUUACUUUUAGUGCAAUAUACUUGUUUAUUCAUAAAAGACUUUUAGAAUAAAAUAAACUUUUUUAUUGUAAGAAAUUUUCAUUGUCUGCAAAUCAUGGACCAAGGUCGUUACAACAUUUGUUAACUGGAAAUUAUUCACAGCUGCAGUGUUAUGCUCUGGUCCAUUUAAGUAAGCUGCUAUUUGAAAGUCGUUUUAAACCAUAUGCUGUUAGAUGGUAAUUUUAUCCCAUGCUUUGUUGUGGUCAUUUUAUGCCAUAUGCUGUUGGAAAAUCAUUGUAAAUCAUAUAUUAGAUGAUCAUUUGAUGCCAUGCUCUAUAAUGGUCAUUUUAUGUCAAGUGCUAUGACCAUGUUAUGUUGUGUACUAAAUGAUCAUACAGUACACAUCAUAUAUAGCAUCCUAUUCAACUACCAUACAUGCACUGUAAUUACUGUGAGUAUUCUUAGUGAUAUCAAUGGACACAAAUGCCUUUCGCAGUGUGGUAACCAUUGCACGACACACUUGUCUCAUAGAAUGUGGUGACCAUUGUAAGAGACACAUGUCGCAUGGAAUAUGGUAACCAUUACAUGAGACACAUGUCUUGUGGAAUGUGAUGACCAUUGAAAGAGACACAUCUCCUGGAAUGUGGUGACCAUUGUAAGAGACAUGUGUCUCAUGGAAUAUGGUGACCACUGUAAGAGACAAAUGUCUGGAAUGUGUUAACCAUUGCAUGAAACUCAUGGAAUGUGGUGACCACUGUAAGAGAGACAUGUCUCAUGGAGUAUGGUGACCAUUGUAAGAGACACGUCUCAUGGAAUAUGGUGACUACUUUACGAAACCUGUCUUGUGGAAUAUGGUGACCACUGUAGGCGGCAAAUGUCGUGUGGAAUGCGUUAACCAUUGCAUGAAACACAUGUCUCAUGGAGUAUGGUGACUACUUUAUGAGACAUGUCUUGUGGAAUGUGGUGACCACUGUAAGAGACGUCUCACUGGAAGAGACAAAUGCCUCAUGGAAUAUGGUGACCAUUGUAAGAGACGCAUGCCUCAUGGCAUGUGGUGACCAUUGAAAAAAGACAAAUACUUUGAACAUGGAAUGUGAUAAGCAUUUAAUAAAGCACCAUGCUGGGUAAUAUUUAUGUUUUGACCAGAGCUGUGCUGUAUUUGUUGUAAGACACUUGUUUUUGUCACGGGGUAUAAAGUGAUGAUCAUCUAUUGCAUGGUAAUAGAUAUAAACCCCAUCAUGGAUACUGAUAAUUGUUAUUAUUUAUUUUAUUAUGAUUUUAUUCUUUAUUGUACAGCAGUUUACACAACCAGAGCUAAGUAUGUUUAUCUCGACCAAGAAAUGGUCUAUCUCUCUUCUGGGGCAGGAAUAUUAUUAUCGCUGUUUCGGAACACUUGUGAUUACUGUGGCGUUUAAUACCUUGUCAGGUCAUUUAAUCUUUUCGUUGAAUUUAACUUAUUGUUUUUUCGUGAUACGAUCAGAUUGUAUGCUGUUAAUAUUAUUUGAGGAAUGUGGGCUGCUGCAGUAAAUGAUAAACCAACACAAAAUAUCAUUUGUCUUGUGAUGUCCAUUAAUUUGUAAUCUCCAACCAGUUCUGGGCACAUUAAA